AGGUAACCUGCCGAGAGCAAUCACCUUGAGAAAGCAUUCUCUAGUCUCUACAAUGCCCCUAUAAAUACGUGAUUUUCUCCUCUCACCAUGUGUGCACCACACUUGUUCCCUUCAAAUUAAAGUAAUACAUUUCUAUGUAAAAUUUCUUCAAUGGCUUCUUUUAAGACUGCCAUAGUUUUGUUUUUCCUAGUGAGCUUAAUUGGAAGCUCCUCAGCUCAACUUACCACUGGGUUUUAUUCAAAAUCAUGUCCUAAGCUCUAUGAAACUGUGAAAUCUGUAGUGCAUUCUGCCAUUCAGAAGGAAACCCGUAUGGCUGCUUCCCUCCUUCGCCUAUUCUUCCACGAUUGUUUUGUCAAUGGAUGCGAUGGAUCAUUAUUCCUGGAUGAUACAUCAACCUUCACAGGAGAAAAGAGGGCACAACCAAAUUUCAAUUCCGCCAGAGGAUUUGAAGUUAUUGACGACAUCAAAUCUGCCGUUGAAAAAGUGUGCCCUGGUGUCGUCUCUUGUGCUGAUAUUCUGGCCGUUACUGCCCGAGACUCUGUUGUCCUUCUUGGAGGGCCUAAUUGGGAUGUAAAACUAGGAAGAAGAGAUUCCAGAACAGCAAGCCAAGCUGCUGCAAACAGUAGCAUUCCUCCUCCAACUUCUAACCUUAACCGUCUCAUCUCUAGCUUCAGUGCUGUUGGCCUUUCCACCAAGUAUAUGGUUGCCUUAUCUGGAGCUCACACCAUUGGACAAGCAAGGUGCACUAGUUUUAGGGCACGCAUAUACAACGAGACCAAUAAUUUGGAUUCAUCACUAGCAAAAACCAGGCAAAACAACUGCCCGAGAAACUCAGGCUCAGGGGACAACAACUUGGCACCUCUUGAUCUUCAGACUCCUACAUAUUUCGACAACCAUUAUUUCAUUAACCUUGUAAGCAAAAAGGGUCUGCUCCACUCAGAUCAGCAGCUCUUCAACGGCGGAUCGGCCGAUUCAACUGUGAAAUCAUACAGCGAUAACCCCAGCAGUUUCGCCGCUGAUUUUGUGACUGCCAUGAUUAAGAUGGGUGACAUCCGUCCCCUUACUGGAUCUAAAGGAGAGAUCAGGAAGAAUUGCAGGAGGAUCAACUAAUUUUGCUUCUUUAAUUUGCUUAUUUUCAUCUGUUCAUUUGGAAUCUUCUAUUUCUCGUCUUCUUUUUAUUUUGGUUUCUCAAAUUUUAGUUUUAUUUCUUGAUUUGUGGCUUAAUGGCUGUCAGUCUGUUACCUCUUAAAGUGCCACUUUUUUUCUACACUUGCAAUGUGCUAUGUUUGUGUCGUA